AUGUCAAAAAGACCUCAAAUUCACAUUUUUGUGGGAGCACCCAGUAUUCCGAGCCCACUGGAGGGGUUGGAGCAAAGCUCAGCCCCUAGGGGUGAGAAAUGGAGGGAGCUGCACUUGCGCGGGCUGUGUGAGAGCCACGCGUUUGUUUCGGGAAAGCUCCAGGGUGCUGCUGCCCCCUCGGUGCCCCAGGCAGAAAGCUCCACAGCCACAGGAGUCCCUGCCAGUGGAGACAGCGCUCAGCAGGGCAGGGUCAUGGCAAAAGAAGGAAAAGAUUUGCCAUCUCCUGCCCCUGUGGCACUACCUGGUACCAGCGCGCCUAAAAAGUGCACAGGUUUAACUUGCUCUGAUUGUCAAGAAUCCAAAGAUAGAUUUAUACAUGCAGAUGUAAAUCAGGCUGCAGAUCAACACCUGCCCCAGGGCUGUGCAGAAUCAGCUGGACUGGAGAAACCAGCAGGUGCCUGCUGCCCAGAGCUAACUGAGUUUAGAAAAGCCCAUCCUUCAGAAGUUAACAGCUCUGACAUUUCUGCUUUGGUUGCCUGCACUGAGCAGGUCAGCAUCCAUCUGCAGUCUGUGGGACUUCAGGCAGCUCACAGAAGUGAGCAUCAUGAACAUCUAAGUCAGUGUAUGGAUAUGUUUUUCCAAAAAGGUCAGGAGUCCAAACCAAAAGAACCAAAUGACUGUGCAGAUUUUGCAGUGUCAGCAGACACUGAAUUUCGUAGUGUGGUGACUUUGAGUCAGGUGGCUGUUUUUGCACAGAAUGAGAUGCAGGAAAGUAUUGUAAAACUGUCAGAAAUAGAAGCAGGCAAAAAAGCUGAAGAAGGACAGUAUGAUCACAUCCAAUGUGAUUCUGGUGUUGGAACAUGUACUACUAAUGUGACUGAAAAUGAAUAUGAGGAAGAGGAUGCAAGUUCUCUUGAACUUUUCAGUUCUGAGGAUGAUGGGGAAAAUGUUUCGAUUAAAGCUACAAAACAGGAAGAAAGUGCCCAGGAAAAUGCAAAGAAGUAUCAAGAACUUAAUGUUCCUCCUGAGCAACUUGUAAAUGAAAUCCAUAUUGAGCCAUUGAGCUCUGGAAUACUGUGCUCUCAAGAGAACUGUUCUCACAAGAACUCUGCUAAAAGACCCCACAAACAUGAAGGUUCCUUUCAACUUCCUCACUCAGCAUUUAAAAGACAGCUGACAUCCAAGAGAGUUAAACUGAAUUCUUCUCCACCUGGUUCUGGGGUGAGAGUGGAUCCAGACAGGAUGGCAGAGUUCAAGAAACUCCAAAAGAAACUAUCACUGCUUAAGAAUUGCUGCAGCAAAAAUCAAAAGUACAAUAUUUUGGUCGCAGUUGUACAUCCUUGUCAUAUCAAAGAAAUACAGAAGAAGAAUAAACCAAAAUCUUCAUGUAAAGUUCCUGUAGCAACAAUUGUUGUUAUUGACCAGUCAGAAAUUGAGAGGAAGGUGGUGCUGUGGCAUGGUGCUGCAUUUUGGUCCCUCACUGUGUUUCCUGGGGAUAUUGUACUGCUUACAGAUAUAACAAUGUGUGAGAAUCCUUGGUGUGGAGAGGUCAUGCUUCAGUCAACAUUUACCAGUCAGUUACUGAAUCUGGGGAACUGCUCAGCUCUCAAUACAGAAGAAUUUUAUCCUCUAGUGGAUGCUGGUGUUCUCCAUGGCUUAUUGGCAUACAUAUCAUCAGAAUUUCCACACUUCAGAGACAUUCCACAAAGACAAGUUCAGAGACUGGAUGAUGUUCAGUAUGUGCAGCUAGAUCAGCUCCAGCCAAAUACUUUGGUGCACUCAAUCCUGAAAAUUAACAAUAUUUCUGUGUUAACAGAAUCUGUAUACAGCUACAGAGGUGGCAGCCAAAGAAAAAUUAUUCUAACAGUAGAACAGAACAGAAAUCAAUGUUAUAGGAUGGUUCUGUGGGGAGCAGGGGCUGCUUGGUACCCCCAGCUUCAGCGGAAAAAAGACCACAUAUGGGACUUCAAAUACCUUUUGGUCCAGUGCAGUUCUGUCUCAGGUGACUUGGAACUGCACACCACUCCAUGGUCAUCCUGUGAGUGCUUGUUUGAUGAUGACAAAAGGGCAGUUGAAUUUAAAGAAAAGUUUCAGAAAAGUCAAACAUCCCUCAUGGAGUUGACAAGGCUCUCGGCACACCUGGAAGAAAAAUGCUCAGGAGUGGUUCAAGUGAAAGCCCAUAUCUUGGAAUUGAAGUUUACCAUUUCCACUGGUCAGUACAAGCAACUCAUCUUCUCUGCUGACACUUCACUAGAAUGUAUUUUGGCUUCUCUGCCUAUGAUUACAUAUUCAGGUUGUGCUAAAUGUGGUUUGGAGCUACAGCCAGAUGAGAACAUGAUCUACAAGCAAUGUAUUAGAUGUCUGCCAUACAGCAAAGUAAAAAAAUUCUACAGACCUGCUUUGAUGACAGUAGAAGAUGAAGGAUAUGAAAUUUAUGUCCAUGUGGUAUCUGAGUUGGUGGAAAAAAUCUUCCUCAAUAUUCCUGCAGACUGGCUGAAGAGAUUAGUAGUGCCCUCUUCAGAUAUAACCUACAGCACAAUAGUAGCAGAUCUGUGUCAUUCACUGCUGGCAGAUACAGAAGCAUCCUAUUUGCUGGAAAUCAGAAGCCAUUUCGUGCUAGAUGAGAACAGCUAUCCUUUGCAAAAGGACUUCCAUCUGCUGAAUUUUCAUCCUGAUCUUUGACCUCUGCACUAACUGAGUAACAAAGACCAUAAGGACACACAGAUGGGAAGCAGAAGAAAAGUUACUUAGCUGAAGGAAGCAAAUCUCUUUAAAAAAUUAUAAUAAAGGAUUUUGGUUUUAACUUAUGAAAUAAGCAAAACCAUCAAGAGGACCGGUAUGGAAUAUCUGCUAAUAGUAUAUACUGCUGGAGUAUAACUGAUGAAUGUUCGUAAAAUAUAUUUUUAUACAUGCAUUUUUGUGUUAAUAAUUAUAUUAAUAAAC